AUGGGAGAAUCAUUGGCAGACUCGGCGCCUUCGAAGGAGCCUUCUUUGGUCCGCUCUGCUACGUAUUUGCGGCGAGGCGGCGACUGCUUGCGGCAAUAUUCCAGACUGGCGACUGGCAUUCCACGAGGCCGGAAACCUCGGUCAGCAGCUCAGCAAACGUCUCCUGAAUCUGCGGCAUCCUGCUCCAGCUUCAACACCUGGCGCGGCUGCAGCUGCUCUCGCGCCAGCACUGGCCACGAAGCAGCGCAUCACAUCGUUUUCGAUCUGGUCUGGCACAUGUGCAAUGCUACCGAAGUCCGCCGUACCCAUGAAGUGAACGAGCCGCAACACUUCACGCUGAGAGCGCUGGACCCGGGAAUGGAACUUCUCCACGAUGCCCUGGAUCCGAUGCCGUCACGUGGCUGCCUGCUGGCGCUCCUGCGCCAAGCAAUGGAGGAGCUUUUCACGGCUGCCCUCUUGGGAAUUCUGCAUGUCCUUGAACAUGGAGAUGAGUUUUCCAAGCCUUUCAGCAGCAAGUCCGCCGGAAGCUGCUCUUCCGUCGCUGUCACCGCUGCCGAAGGUUCCUGGGGUGGCUGCACAAGGCCGACCUUUUCUGGCAUACCUUCUUUGCCAGGACUUUUGCCCAAGUUGUCGCAGAGCAUGCUGUGGGACCGUUGA